UAAAUCUAAUCGGCAGUUUCUAAUAAUAUAUUAUCUUUAUGAAAUUAGGCGGUAGGAACAAUUAGGUGAUUAUUGCAUGCACAACUUCAACAUCGAACAUAUCUUGCAGAAACUUUUAAAAUGAGGUUUUCGUUGAUUGCGGCGAUCGCUAUAUCAGUGUCCGUAAUAGAAAUUGUUGCUGGCCAAGUUUGCGUCCCGUCAGGUCCAAGACCCGAUUGUGGAUAUCCUGGAAUCACUCCGAGACAAUGUAUAAAUCAAGGAUGUUGUUGGGAUGAUAGCGUUGACGGCGUACCAUGGUGCUUUCAUAGAACCAUAUCAGCAACAAUACGACCACAAAACCCAGCAGAUUCCGAAGGAUCUAUCGGGGGUUCUUCUAGGGGAAUCCCGGCGGUUAUUCCCCAACCAUUCGUAAAAACGAAUGCAGCUAUUCAAUUUACUGGUUGUUUGUUCCGAUGUACUUCGGUGUCACGUGCGUUCCGAACAUCGUGUGGACCAAUCAACGACGAGAGAUCUUGUGUUAAUGUUGGGUGCUGUUAUGACGUCAACGAUCCGAUGACGUCACGAAAGUGUUACCAUCCUGCAAUUCUAACCGGAAGCUGCCCGCCGACCCAAUGUCAGAUCCCUAGCGCCGUCGUGCGGCGAUGUGGGUUCGGAUUAUCUGAGACAGAAUGCAUGGGCAGAGGAUGUUGUUUUGGAACAAUUGAAAACAGCGGUGUUUGUUAUCAUACGGAAACUCCACCACGACCCCUAUCGGAAAUUCCCGCAACAACAACAACCACAACAGCAGCAGCAACAACAACAACAACGACGUUAAGUUUCUUUGAUCAACUACGACAAGCAGACGCCGACCCCUCAAGGUUUUCACUGGUUGACCUCUUGACCCGUGACGUAUGGCAGUUACAGAAUAUUGCACAAGGAAGAGACCCGGACGCUCCAACCACCACAACAACAACCACCACCCCUGCAACUACAACAACAACAACGACAAUCGCUACAACACCACGUCGUGUUACUGUCGCUACUACUCCAACUGCUCCAACUACACGACGAUCUUGCAACUGGUUAGGACAAUGCCGCACAUUCGUUGUACCGCCACGACAGUGUUACCCAGUUGAUUGUGGGCGACCACGUUUCUACCCUGGAUCGCCCGUAGCAGCCAGUGCAGCUGGAAGCACUGUGAGGAAAAUUGUUGGAGGAACAAGAGCUUACCCAUUCAGUCACCCAUGGAUGGCAAUGCUCUUGAAGAAAGAAGGCAGACGAACCUUCUUAUGCGGGGCGACUGUUAUAUGCGAUAAGUGGCUUGUUACUGCUGCUCACUGUUUGAAUAAACAAAGUCGAUCCAGUAGAACACCAGAUCUUGACGCAGUAUUCUACACCAUCCACGUUGCAAGGUUCAUGGGCUGGAAGCAAACACACGGAACUCAGGUCCAGGAGUUCAAAGGGCGAGCUGACAUCGAUUAUCUUGAGCAACACGAGCGAUUUGUGCCUGGAGUUCAACGUGGAGUCAUCACUUACGAUAUCGCGAUCAUUAAACUGAGGAAACGAAUCAUGUUCAACGAAUACGUUCAACCAGCAUGCUUGCCCAGUAUAAGGGCGAGGGUGGGACAGGUUGUGUGGGCUACAGGUUGGGGAAUUGAUAAAGGUCGCGGAGUUGACUCGAAAAACUUGAAACAACUUGGAGUUCGAGUUUUGAACGAAUCUCGAUGCCAAGAAUUCGUGCCAGAGUUUGUUAACCCCCCUGGUGUGUUGUGCGCUGGUGGCGAAAGAGACCAAGACACAUGCACGGGCGAUUCAGGCGGACCGCUAGUGGGCCCUAGAGUGGUGGGACGAGACAGAAGUGGAAAAUUGAUUCAGAAAUGGCAAUUAUAUGGUUUGACCAGUAUUGGUUCACCAAGCUGUAAUACUUUGUCGUAUGAUCGUCAACCAGCGGUCUACACCGACAUAGCGUUUUACAAGCAAUGGAUCGACGCAAGAACCAACCGCUGUUGUUCUUAGUUUGUUUUAUUUAAAUUAAUUUUGCGAGGCUUUUGGUUGAAGAGACAUUUGUACAAUAGUUGGAUUCUAGAAUAAAACCUAAGUGGUUUUGGGAUUGUAUUUAUUUUGAAACAAUCAAACAAAUGUGACGUAAUAUUGUUGCACAAUUUAAGCUGCCAAACGAGAAUUACAACAUUUUAGAAAUCGUUAUAUUUUGUCUUUUACUUUCAUCCAUAUGUUUUAAUAAACGCCGUUGUACUUAUUAUUAUAAA